UAAUGUGGUUAAUGCGUUAUUUUCGGACGCGACAUAUCAAAUAACAGUGUCGUGAGACUUAAAACAUGUCCAUAGUUAACUUAUUAAUUUCAAUAUUUAGUUGUUUUGUGUUCUAUGUUUUGGCCGAAGAAUACGAGAAUGAUGAUAGAAUGUACCUCCUGGUAUCCCCGGACCAGCACGAGCGCACGCCGCGCCUCGAAGAUUUCUUCUGGACGGGUUCAGGAGACGGGCCGCCUCCUCCGGACUCUCCCCUGCCGGAACCUUCGCAGCCCACACCAAUUGUGCACACAACUACGGUCCUCGCCACUGUGUACCUGGAUUCGUUUCCAUCUCAGGCGGUGACCGACAAAACCACAGGAGAAUGUGUCCUCAACUGUGGAGAGCCGGUUCCUCCUGGCAGUUUGGAGCCAGAGAUACCGGAGGACCGACGGUAUUGGCUGCUGACUGUCAUACAAGGAUCCACUCCUGACAGUCUGCAGUUGAGGCUGGCUAGGCUGUAUCAAAAGGCCUUCCUAAGACAACAAGAACGCCACCUGGGAAUCAUAAAGUCUUUAGACGCCCCGCCAACGAGAAAGAAACACGAAGUGCAUUCAUUUGUGGUUAACAAAGACGAUAAUCAAAUCGCUGCUUCCAACACCCCCCUAAGAUACCUCGAUAGUUCUAUGAUAGUUCCUUCCAUGACUGAAAUUGUACAGCCAACAAAAAUAAUAGAUUAUUCUAAAAUAGACAUAAUCCCUAUUGAAAAAGAAAACCUUACCUUAAAAGAGGAUAUAAAAGCAACCAGGCUUGCAGACGUUGAAUCAUGGAUCUUAGUUCCUCCUACAGUAGUUGUAAGAAAACUAAGAAAGAGAGAGGUGUCAGACCAAGAAGAGGGAGAAAGUGAGAAGGGGGAAUUGAUAGAUAUUCCUUUAGAAGAAGAGAAUAGCAAUGAGACGAUGUUGUUUAAAAGAGAGAUUAUAAAACCGGAACAGCAACCACCAGUGCAAGUCCACAUCCAGAAUAUAACUGAGUUCACAGAAACCGGCAGCGUCCAAAUCGUCUACGUGGUGCUUGUGGGCGGUAGAGCGGUGCCUGCUGCAGUAGCUGCCAGGGACAUGAGACUUGUACGUGACGCCGAAGUGGCCAGGGAGUUGGGAGCCGUAGUCACUACUAAAGCUGAGCCAGCGUACCUGAAGGCGGCCGAGGGUUUAGAAGGCGAAGCAGCAGUAAGCGGUAUCCACGGGACGGAGCUGUGGGCGCUGGCCGUGGGGGCCACUAUAGCGGUUCUGCUGUUAUUGGUGCUGUUUGUGCUGCUGUGUUUGGCUCAGAGGCGAAAAGCAAUCAAAUCGGCAGCCUCUCUCCGAGCAUACAGAAACGAGAUUUUAAGAGAGGCGGAAAGGAAUCAGUUGAAGCAGGUUCACGAAGAAAAGGAUGGCAGAUUGAUAAGCGUAGUAUCUCCUAGCAGAACAAGACCUAGUAGCACGUUGCUACCCAUUUACAGAGCGGCUAGUGCUUCGAGUUCAUCCACGACAUCUUCCGGAAUAUCCGAAGAUGUAGCAACCGUGCGUCGUCGACAAAAGAAACCCCAUGCGUUGAGAAUGCCGCAGAAGAAACGGGUUGGAACCACGGAUAGUUUGCUGGAAGCGGCUGGCUUGGACAGUUCAGAUAGCGGGCAACCGUCAGCUCCGCAGACCCCGACGUCAUACCUGUCGAUGCCUUCAGUGAAUUCCUUCCCAAGAGGCAACGUAGUGGAACCCCUGUCUCGCAUCCUCGAGCCAGUAUCAGUCCGACAUCUCGACAUCGACUCACCAAUCACCAGUCCGAAGAGAGGUGCGGAUGCUGUGCCUCGCCGCCAGAUGGCAUCGCAGUUGGUCCGGCUGGGGAGCAUUGACAAAGACCCGGGGGUUAUUGGGCCUUUGGUGUGGGACCUGCACUGCCAGAGGAUUAAGGAUGCAUCGAAACCGCCAAGUCCAGCCAAGUCUGCCACUCCCCGGAAAGAUUCCCGCAUGCGACAGAGAUUCAACGAGCUUAUGGACGAUGCCUUCACUCUGUUCGGUAGUGCUGGCUCAUCUAACUCUCAGGAUACCUAUAUCGUUGAGAAAAAGAAAGGUUUAACCGGUUAA